CAUCUCCCUCGCGACACAUAUCAUAAGACAGAGAAGAGGAACGAAUCUCAAGACGUUACGUAUUAGCUUAUAGCCAUUAUUAGUUUUGUCUCUUCUACUAGUUCGUUGGUCGUCUUCUUCGUCUUAGUAAUUCCAUGAUUCUUCUUCCUUCUGCUUCACCUUCCCGAUGACCCUCUGCACAAGCCGCGAUCAUGACGCUAAAUCCUCCUCCGUCGCAGCAAACGCCUCAGUCGCCGCGUCGGAUUCCCAAUCGCCGCGUUCUCAUCGUCGGGAAUUACUGCCACGACGUUCUGAUCCAAAACGGAUCCGUCGUAGCUGAAACACUCGGCGGCGCCGCCUCUUUCAUCUCUAAUGUCCUAGAUUCUUCCUCUGUAUCCUGCGAAUUGGUCUCCAAAGUCGGACACGACUUCAGAUACGAGGUUAUCCACUCUCCGAUCGUGGCUCCGGACAAAGAAACCACAAUUUUCGAGGCGUAUUUCGAUCUGGGAAUCGAUGGGAUCGGUCACGCUGAUCGGGUGUUGAAACGGGUCUCUGCAUGUGAUCCGAUUCUUCCUUCGGAUAUACCCGAUUCGAGAUUCGAUUUCGGGAUGGCUGUUGGAGUCGGUGGCGAGAUUUUACCGGAGACGCUUGAGAAAAUGGUGGAGAUCUGCGACGUUGUUGCUGUGGAUAUUCAAGCUUUGAUUAGGGUUUUUGAUCCCGUGGAUGGAGCUGUGAAGCUUGUUGAUUUGAAAGAAAGUGGAUUUUUUCACAUCUUGCAUCGAAUUGGAUUCUUGAAAGCUUCAUCAGACGAAGCUCUUUUCAUGGAUGUUGAACCAAUUGAAGCAGCUGUGUAGUGUGGUGGUGACUAAUGGUGAAA